AUUUUUUUGGUCCCCCGUUCAAUGCUAAACUCCGUUCCGCGAUUGUCAACGUCGACUGAUUCAUUGUUCGAAGAGGUUUUGCACCGGCAAGCUAUCGUUUUCCUUCAAUGACAGAAACUUUAAAUUUUUUCUUAAAUACAUUAACAUAUCCACAUAAGUCAGAGAAAGCUUACAUUAUCGGUUUCGGGGAACUUUAUGUUGAGACUGCCGGGACGUGUCACCUUGAAUUCUGCCUGCCUGGAAUGGUUGAGCAUCGCGGCUAACGUAAAGCUAACCAACGUUUUCCCCUAAACCUACCGGUACGGAAUUAAUUGUACCUGGCCGUCGUCGGAGGUGGGUUGGAUUUAAUGUAAACCUAUGUCUGAAGAUCUUUCAAUAACUGUUUUGUCUUUUUACGCGGAGUUUUAAAAUGGGAGUAGUACUAAGGAACCUCCAAAAGGUGGUGCCUCUUCGCCGCGCCAGACUACGCAAGGAUGUUGACACACUGAGGCACAUCCUGGGCAUCCAGAAAUUUGAUCUGGGAAUUAUCUGCGUGGAUAACUACAGGAUUCAGAAAAUUAAUCACAUCUACAGAAAGAAAAAUGUGCCGACGGAUGUACUCUCAUUUCCAUUCUACGAGGACCUAAGACCAGGGAAGAUGCCUUGUCCUCUUCAUAGAGAUGAACUAAACCUCGGGGACAUUUUCUUGGGAGUCGAGUUUUUGAUGAAACAGUGUCAAGAGGAAUCUCUAGAUCUGCAUGGUGCUCUUACUGCUGUCACUGCACAUGGGAUCUGUCACCUGUUGGGCUACAGGCAUGAGACAGAGGAAGAAUGGGCUGAGGUUGGUAUGGAAAACCAUAAUGUGAAAAACACAGAUGCUGCAGAGGGAAAGCUACAUUCUAAGUGAGUACAACAGACUCACUGGGCGACAUCUCGAGCCACUUAUGAAGAGAUGCAAUCAAGACAGGUGACAGUGACUGUCACCUGCUACCUGUACAGCUAAACACUGCACUAAGUGUACUGUGGUGCUUGAUAUUGUUUGUACUCUGUCCUGUAACAAGUUUGACUUGACCUAUCAUAAUUGAUUAACUAAUUUAACAGAUUUGUUAUAUUCACAACCAAUGUUUGCAGCAACUGUUUUAUGAAGGACUUCAUACAUGCAGCUACUGAUUGUGUGUGGGCAUCCUGAAACACUGGAUUCAAGUGUUAUUAAAGUUUUAAACACCAAAUUAAAAAGUCUGUGCACUUUCACCGUAAUAUUUUAUUAAAAUCUGCUUUAGGAAGAGUCAGUUGUGUAUGAAGGGUAGAAAAAAGCAGUUCAUUCUUACUUCACAAAUACAUUUUACCCUCUUUACACUGCUGCAUUUGGGACAGGAUAUUCAGGAAGGCGCCAUGUUUCAGACAUGUAAAUUCAUUAAAAAAAAAAAAAAAAAAAAAUU